AAUAAGAGUUUGAGGGAGGUGUGAAUUAGUUUAGUCCAAGCCUACACAGAAUCAUAUGAUUCACACUUGAAUUCAUUCACAUCAUUCUCAUGCCAUUUAAGGACUAAGAAUUGCUGCAUUGAACUAUGGAAGAAAAGUUAUAAAAUCUAUGGAGAACACAACCCAAGUCAAGUUAUUUUAUCUUUUUGGCUUACAAGAGACAAUUAACAACAAAUUGGUCUAUUUCAUCUUGUCUCUUAUCACAUAUCUUCUCAUCGUCACUGUGAAUCUGACUCUGAUCAUAACAAUCAUUCAGGAGAAAGGUCUCCAUGAGCCCAUGUAUAUCUUUCUGUGUAGUUUAUGUGUCAAUGGAUUGUAUGGAACUGCUGGUUUCUACCCCAAGUUGUUACUGGACCUUCAGUCAGAUGUUCAGGUGAUAUCUUAUGGUGGAUGUUUCACUCAAACCUAUGUAAUAUACACAUCUGUCCUGUGUGAAAUGUCUACUCUAACAGUGAUGUCUUACGACAGGUAUGUGGCAAUAUGUAGACCACUACUAUAUCAUACCAUUGUGACAUCUUUAACUGUUAGAAAGUUACUCUUAUUGUCUUGGUGUUAUUCUUUAUUUACAGGACUCAUAGCAAUUAGUUUAGCUGUCAGAAUUCCUUUGUGUGGAUCUCGCAUUGAUAAGAUCUUCUGUGACAUUCCGUCUGUACUGAAACAUGCAUGUUUUUCCAUUACCGUUAAUCAGAUAUGGAGCAAAUGCCUCGUAUUGGUUCAUGUUUUACAGUUACUUUACAUUGUAUUUUCUUACUGUCAGAUUGUCAGGACUUGUGUAAAGUCAACAAAGGGAAGGAUUAAGUUCACACAGACAUGUGUGCCACAUUUAUUAACAAUAUGUAUUUUCAUCACAGUGACCCUGUUUGACAAUUUGCAAGGGUGGAAUAAUGUAAAUAUUACACUAAAUAUGCGUAAUGCAAUGGCUGUACAAUUCCUUGUUAUUCCACCUGUCUUUAACCCUGUCAUAUAUGGACUUAACCUCAAGCAGAUUCGACGGGCAGUUCUUAUAAAGUGUAAUGCACAUAAAAUCAUUGAUAUAAGAUGUUAGUUACAUGAUUUUACACAACAGGGAGACUACCUAAUAUCAGAAGUCAACAAAAUAAAGGUCAAAUCUGCCAAAACCUUUGCACGGUUAAAUGGCACGUCUCAUUUCCUGAUACCCAUCGCCCUCUUCUGGGCAAGUGAUUUAUAAAUAGUAAUUGUAGCACACUUCCUAACCAGGAAAAAGGUUGUAUGCGUCCCAAAUGGCGUUCUAUUCCCUAUGUUGUGCACUACUUUUAACCAGAGCCAAAGUAGUGCACUAGAAAGUGAAUAGAGAGCAAUUGAUAGAACAAAUCG